UUUCAGCGCGCUAUUCGGCACUGCAAUUUAGCACCCACGCUCGUAGGUGCAAGUACAGAUUACUAACGUAUUUUGCAGUGAGUGUGUUCGUGCAUUGCAAGAUAUAUCGCGCUGUGUGUGAACACAUGACUGUAUUAACCAUUCAACUGUAUUCGUGUCUAAAAGAGCUUAGUCAAGGGUGAAUGCAAAGUUGAGGAUAUAAUCACACUGUUUAUCUCCGAGUGGUUCGUCUUCUUUAAAGCCUCCUCUACAACGUCUCACCCUAUACAUUUACAAUAUCAGUUAGAACCCUGCUGUAGGGAUAUCAACUGCCGCUUCUCUCACAAUAUUUCAACUUUUCUUGACUGAAAUCUGACAUUUUGGAUGGAACAAGGAGAUACAGAGAAGAAUGCUUGAUCAGUAUUGAAGGGUCACGAGUGGGGAGAAAUCAACCAAUCACUUACAAGGAACCCCAUCACGUGACAGUAUGGAUGUCAAUCUAGGAUGCUGUGGUUUGGUGCUAGCGUUCCUGUGUAUCUUCUUCGGAAUGACCGAGGUUGGACUAUGGGCGGCGUGCUACUUUAAAUGCCCGGAUGGAAAGCUGAUCGAGUUUAAUUACUUUGCUGCCGUGUGGACUGGUGUAUUGGCCUUCACCGUGGGCUUCAUGAUCAUCGUACUGUUUUGUGUCAAAUUCAAAUCAUUGGGCACGUUUAUCAUCAUACUGACAUUCCUGCUGGUUCCAUGUGAGAUCAUUUGCGCAUGUAUCUACGCAUAUCGCGCCUACCUCUCUCGACCAAUGGAAGACGACGUCAUAACAGGCAAUGUGGGCGUGGACUAUUUCAGUGUGUUUUUCUUCAGCGCUAUGUCCAUUGGUGGCGUGUUUCUCUUUCUCAUCACCAUCACGUGGAAUUGUUAUUACUUCUGCAUAGCAACGCCAGCGGAGGACUACGAGGAGGAGGUCAAGGAGGAUUUGGAGGAAGAAGAUGAAAGACAACAGAAUCUACGGACCGUCCAGGAUAGUGUCUUCGUCAACAAUCCAGUGGUGGAUGACGAAUCUCGGCCAAACCAAACUCGGCCACUUCAAUUCGAUCAAGAGCCAAACCAAGUUCGUUUUCCUCACUCGGUUCAAAACGGACAUCCACAGGGGAGGCCAUCACGACAAAGCAACGGAUACCUAGUUCCAAAUUCAGAUAACCGUCGAGAUAAACGUCGAGAUAAUCGUCAAGAUAAUCGACGAGAUAAUCGACGAGAUAACCGUAAUGUGAGCUAUGAUCAGUCACUCCUUGUCCGAAAUGAUUAUCCGUAUCCACCUGCUUUGGAGAGAGGACCUGUACCCGAAGACCUGAAUAGGAGGAACCGACAGCAGUCAAGUAUGCCACGCCCACAUCUCGGUGCGAACCACCAAUCAUAUAUCCCACAUGAAAGUAGGCGUGGCCAGGUCAAUCGGGGAUACGAAGCUGAUGAGCUCGGCCAGCCAAUAGACAGAGCGUACAACUUGAGGAGUUACAUCUACGAUGGAGUUCAAGGUGAUCCUAUGGACCAGCCGGUGUACUCGGGAGGACAGCCGUUAUACUCCGAGCAACCCCGAAGAUCGCCGAACCAAAACCCGAGUUCUUCAGCAGACCACGGUCGAAACCAUCCCGAAAGUCGUCGACACGUGAACAGACCACCUAAUUACUCCACCCAGCUAAACAGCCGAGAACCCGCUGCUAAUCCACAGCCGAGGGACGAAGACAGAUCGUUCAUCUACCGACCAACACCCGACAAUUUCCGAGGGAAACCGCCGCAGCCCGAGUACAUGUCUCAGCAGCAGCAACAGACAGCGCCUAACAAUAGUUAUCCCUUACAAGUAUCAGCACAGCAUCCGGGUCCUGCUCAAUCUGCUCCUAACACAAGAGGACCAGGACCCACCAACACAUACUUCUGAAUGAUCUUGCUCAGUAGCCCGCCAGUCUUUGAUCCGUAUUCUACUAAGGUUUUAACCCAAAUGCUGGAUUAAGGCUUUUGUCAAAAUCGGGCUUACCGAAAGGAGCUAGUACAAAGUCUAAGUUUUCCCUUUAUUAAAAGUGAAUCUAUCCCCAGAGUCGGAUUUAACUGAAGAGUAGAAUACGCAUAACAUCCUCGGAUCGCUCCUCUUAAUAAGUGUACAAAGCGUCUUCCGCCCCUAUUUCCUAUGUACAUACAAAAUUGAUAUCAGUCGCGAAUAAGUUGCGAUUAUAUCAACUCUUUAUAAGACAGGGCCCUGAUAAAACGGUUUUGGAAAGUUUCAGAAAUAUCGGUGCAUUUUGUGGCCGUCAUAAGGACACCGCGUGUUUGCUAGUAUAGGACUUUGUUAAUAUAGUAAUUUAUUUAGUGAAUCUUUUUCUAUCCCUUGCAUCCAUGUGACUCUUUUCCAAAUGUACUAUUGUUUUGAUUUCAAUGAUUUUCUUUGUUUCUGCCGAAUUGAUAACAAUAAUAAUAACAAACAAGAGCCAAAUGACAGGUUUCAGUUAACACGGAGGACAUUUCUAAA